AUGGGAAAUAAAUAAUCAAAUGAAAAAUAAAUGUAAGAGUCCUAAAUUUCAUAAAAUCAAUCCUAACUUUCAUCUAGAGACAGUUAAAUAUCUUCAUCUAAUUUUACUAAUAAUAAAAUAUAGAAAUAAGUAUUGCUUAAUUAAGAAUUAAUAUAUCCAUCAUCAGAUGAUUGUCCAUCUAAAAUAAAUGUAACUUUAAAUGGAAUCACUUUUUGGAGUAAUUAUGACUCUGGGAAUUUAUCCUAAGUUGAAUAAAUUGAAGCAACCACAUUUAAUUUAAGUAUAUCGGAAGAUUGUCAAGGAAGAAUUCCACCAGUAUAAUCCAAUAAAGGCACCAGAUAAUGGUUUAAUUUUAAGGUUGUUUCUGUGACAGAUUUUUAAGCUAACUUUGUUAUUGUCAAUAUAGCUACGAGAUUUAAAAAAAUAUGGACAAAUGAUUCAGACAUUUAUGUGAAGAUCAAUAAAAUUUGGAGUAGAUAUCCAGCAGUAUAUCAAGGAUUUUAAGUUAAAUUUUCAUUCGAAUUUAAAGCAAAUUAAAUUGUUUAGUUUGCUUAUAUGCCACCUUGGUCUUAUAAAAAAAAUCAAAAAUUUUUUGAUUUUUAUUUCUCUUAAUUACAUCCUGACAUCUAUUUUAGAAGAGAAACUAUUGCAUAUUCAUUAGAAGGAAGAAACAUUGAAUUAAUAACUAUUACAAAAAAUGGGCCUCAUGAAUAACAAGAAUAUUAUUGUCCUGAAUUUUUAUUUCCAGAUAAAUAAUAAAAUGAAUCUUUAAUCAAAUUCAAGAAGUAAUAUAUUUUAAUCUCAUGUCGUGUCCAUGCAGGUGAAGUACCAGCCUCAUUUAUUUUAAAAGGAAUCCUUGAAUCUUUACAGAAUUAUAAUGAAUCUGCUAAGUUUUUACUCGAAAAUUAUGUUUUUUUAAUCAUUCCAAUGUUAAAUCCAGAUGGAGUUUAUCGUGGACAUUAUAGAUUGGAUUCAUUAGGAUAUGAUCAAAAUAGAGUUUACAAUAGAAUUUUAAAAUUUCCAAAAUUUAAUGGUCCUUUAGCCGUUUUGGAAACAUGUAAAAAUUAUAAUGUGGCUUUCUAUAUUGAUCUCCAUGCACACAGUGUAUUAAGUAACAGCUUUAUUUAUACAAAUUGGCAUCCUGAUCCAUCUAUUCAUCAAGCUAUAUUAGUAGAUUAUUUAAAUAUUUAUAGGAAUUCCCUAAAUAAAUGAAAUCAAAAGUUGCUCAUUUUCGUAUCAAGGAAGCUAUGUCAACUUAAAUUAAUUAUGAAAAAAAUUAAUAUGAAAUUGAAGGAAUUUAUACUGAAAAGGAAGAAAAUAUUUAAAAAGCACCAGAGCUCAAAAUUCACUUUACAAAAGAAAAUUUAGUACCUUAAAGUAUGAAUGAUGAUUGCCCUUAUUCCAUUAAUCCAUAUUUAACAGGUGUAGCAAAAUCUGAUGUUUACCUUACGACAUAAGUUAUGUUUAGUUAUACUUUAGAAGUUAACUAUAGAUUUUAUACAAAAAACAAAUAAGUCUUUAAAUAUGAGAUUACUGAUUUUAUUACCUUAGGAAGAGAUGUUAUUGAAUCACUUUACUCAGCUCAUCAAAAUUAAGAUUUUAUCUAAAUAAAAUAACAUUUAGAUUCGAAUAUACUUAACUGA